CAUUGCCAUGUUUGCGGAAGCUUGGCCACAGUAGCUAGCUCAAGUUGCCCUUUUUUAUCUCGUGAAUAUAGUAACUAGUUUAUUAAAUAAUCUAAAAUGAAUUUGCCAAAGGGACCAGAUUCCUUGUGCUUCGACAAAGAUGUUUUCAUGAAGGAUGACUUUGAUGUGGACCAGUUUGUGGCUGAGUGUCGAAAGCAGGUGCAGCUGGAGGAGAUGAGAGAGGACCUGGAACUGUAUUACAAGCUGCUGAAAACAGCCAUGGUGGAGCUCAUCAACAAGGACUAUGCAGACUUUGUGAACCUCUCCACCAACCUGGUGGGGAUGGACAAAGCCCUUAAUCAACUUUCAGUGCCCUUGGGACAAUUGCGAGAAGAAGUAAUGAGUUUGCGGUCCUGCGUAAGCGAAGUGAUACAAGCUAUUGAUAACCAGCUAUCCAAACAAGAAGACCUACAGAAAAAAAAGGUGUGUGUAUUGAGGUUAAUUCAGGUGGUGCGCUCAGUGGAGAAGAUUGAGAAGAUCCUUCAUUCACAGAACUCAAAGGAAUCCAAUUCUCUUGAAAUCAGCAGUCCCUUGUUGGCAGGUCAAAUCCUGGAGAGAAUUGCUACAGAAUUCAAUCAGCUGCAGUUCCAUGCAGUUCAAAGUAAAGGCAUGCCCCUGCUGGACAAAGUCAGACCUCGCAUAGCAGGGAUCACCUCCAUGCUGCAGCAGUCUCUGGAGGGCCUGUUGAUUGAGGGCCUGCAGACGUCCAACGUGGACAUGGUGCGUCACUGCCUCAGGACGUACGCCACCAUCGACAAAACACGAGAUGCUGAAGCUCUGGUAGGACAGGUGCUGGUCAAACCAUACAUGGACCAGGUGAUAGUUGAAGAAGUAGUGAAGUCUAAUCCAAGUGGUCUCCAGAUGAUGUACACCAGACUGCUGGAGUUUGUUCCUCACCAUUGCAGACUUCUAAGAGAGGUGACUGGAGGAGCUAUAUCCAGUGACAAAGCUGACACAGUUCCAGGUUAUGAUUUUCUGGUGAACUCGGUGUGGCCUGAGAUGAUUAAAGGAAUAGAGGAAAGGUUGGCAUACAUCUUCAACCCUGGAAACCCAGAUAUCUUCUAUGAGCGUUACAGUGUUAGUAUGGAGUUUGUUCGACGGUUUGAGCGACAGUGCAGCUCACAGGCCAGUGUGAAGAGACUAAGAGCUCACACCUCAUACACCAACUUCAACAACAAGUGGAACCUGCCCGUCUACUUUCAGCUACGGUACAAGGAAAUAGCUGGGUGCUUGGAGAAUGCCAUAAGUGAUGGAUUGGAGGCAGCACCAGCUGGUAGUGCAUACCACUUGCAGGUUUCUGAGGUUUUAUGGACCUGUUUAGUGAAGUGCUGGUCUGACAAGGUAUAUCUGUCACCUCUGGCCCAUCGCUUCUGGAAACUGACUCUGCAGCUGUACUCGCGAUAUGCCAAGUUUCUUGAUGAGGUGUUGACAAAAACUCCGCCCCCUGAAGUGCCGAAGGAGCCAGUCCGGCCGCUGCCCAGCUCGGCCUCCUCCACCUCCAGCCGAACAUCACUAGAUGAGGGAGGCAGUGAGAGCGGAGGUCCUGCCUCUCUGUCCACCAAACAGCUGGUUUACAUCGCCGCUGACAUCCAGAAGCAUCAGGAGCAGAUUCCAGAGUUGUCAGAGAUGGUCAGGCAGAGGUUGGAAGCCAUUGAAUUCAAGAACUUUGCUGCUAUUGAAAAUGCUCUGGCGGACUCCAAGUCUUGCCUGUCAGCCAGUGCUCCUUUAUUGAACACCAGGAUGACGCAGCAUCUGACUGAACGCUGCUGCCGCUUCCUGAAAAGUGCCUCUGAGGUUCCAAGACUCUACCGCAGGACAAAUAAAGAUCUUCCUGUGCGUGCUUCAGCUUAUAUGGAUAACGCCUUAAAGCCAUUACAUCAGUUGCUGACUGACUCCACAGGGCUGGUUACUCCCCAGACAGCACAAGAAUGGCUGCGAGUUGCACUGUCUGACUGUACACAGAAGUACUACGAGACCAUCUCAGAGGUUCUGAGAUCAGUGAAAAAGAUGGAGGAGAGUCUGAAGCGUUUAAAGCAAGCCAGAAAGGGUGCAGCUGCGACUACCACAACAGGGGCUAAUGGUGGACCGUCGGAUGACAGCAAGAUUCGGCUUCAGCUGGCGCUGGAUGUGGAGUAUUUGGGGGAACAGAUUCAGAAAAUGGGCCUUCAGCCGACUGACAUCUCCAUGUUCUCCACCCUGAUGGAGCUCGUGAAGGAAGCCCGAGAGCUCGCAGAACAGAACCAGUAGAAUAAUGACUGUAAAGUGACUGUAAUUCCUAAAUGUCACGUUCACCUCCACAUUUCCUGGAGACUUGCGGAGGACACUAACCUGAGGCAGAAGAUGAAGUAUGCAGCAGUGAUGAGACUAAAGAUGGAAAAUAUCUGAGGUCUGGAGUCACCAUGCAAACCUCAGGCCACAGUGCACAUAUUUUAAAGAGUAAAGAAUUGUAUCUUAAUGUGGCAUCAUAUUCCAGAUACUACUGAGUAGUUAUAUGAACUUUUCUGUACAUACUAUUGCACUGAGCUUCCACAGGUCAGAAUGUUGUAUAUCAAAA